AUGCUUAUUUGGCUGGCCGGACUUCAGAACCCGAAGCAUCAAGACACUCUGACACAGUGUAUUGAGAAAGCUUUCAAGGACGGAGAUAGUGACCCAUCAGAUCUCACACUCCCAUUCAACGGUGCUGAGAUCCGCCCUGAAGAUGUAUUGAACAUCUUAAAACUUACCGCCCUGUUUGCAGCUUCAGUGCUAUCUACCAUUGAGCCUGCCUGGAAAGGUAACAUCACGUUAUCUGCUACAUUCAAAAGUAAGGACUCCGACCAAGCUCAGGACCCCGAUUGCUGCGUCCUCCUCUGCCAGCUGCGAGACUACGUCUACGCCUGCUACCACCAGCUGACGUUCUUAAAGUCGCAGUGUUCUCGGGAGCAGUCUGAAGGUGGCUGGCAUAAUCAUGAAUAUGGCCAUGCUGUGUCUCCCCAAAAGUCCCCCCUCCAGGCCUUCCUGACCGACGCCUCCGCCUCCAAGUUCAAGACUCACCCCUUCGACCCGUGUGACAUCUGCCGCAAGAGCCGUGCCAACAUGGGAUUCAGGGAGGAGGAUCUGCCUACACCUCAGCAAACUGGCAACAUACUCAACGACAUCCUCACUCCCAGCUGCGGCGGCGAGGAUCCCUUGCCGACGCUAUGCUCUUACCUCAAUUGCCUCACCAGGCGGACGCCACGCACCACCGGGGAGCUUGUCUCAUUCUUCCACAAUUUUGGGAAUGAGCUUCAUGAUGUGUCCUCAAGUUUUUCCUCUCUGGGCUCCGCCCUCUCCAGUCAGCAUGACGACUGCCCCGAGUGGGAUCAACUUGCUGCCGACGACCUCCAUGUCAUCAAGGGCAUCCGGGGCUCCGCCCCUCCCACCUCCAACCACGACCACGACAAGGACCAUCCUAGGACACUGUCCAAGCUGCUUGGCUGUGGUAUCGAUAAUGCCCAGUGCCCACAACAUAUGAAGCCCAUCACCUACCGGGCCUACGCCCUGUACUCUUCCAGCUUCGCCCACCACUACCUCAGCUGGGUGGCCUACCUGCCAGACAGACUUUGGGACUCGCUUGAUAGGCUGCAAGAGGAUCUCGAGAACCUUCAAUGUCACGACGAUAAAUCCCUCCACCGCUGUGACAAAGCCAUGCCCCUCCUCUACCUACACGGGAUCACGUCGCCGGACGGUGUAUCCCAGCCUUCACUCACGUGUUCCUAG